AUGGCCAAUCGCCUGAUCAACGAGACCAGCCCCUAUCUCCUGCAACACGCCGAAAACCCCGUGGACUGGUACGCCUGGGGCGAAGAGGCCCUCGGCCGCGCCCGCGACGAGGACCGGCCAAUCCUGUUGAGCAUUGGGUAUUCCGCCUGCCACUGGUGCCAUGUCAUGGAGCGCGAGUCCUUCGAGAACGAUGACAUCGCCGCUCUCAUGAACGACAGCUUCGUCAACAUCAAGGUGGACCGGGAGGAGCGGCCCGACCUGGACGCCGUUUAUAUGGAAGCCGUCCAGAUGAUGACCGGUAGCGGCGGUUGGCCCAUGACCGUGUUCCUGACGCCGGAAGGUCACCCCUACUACGGCGGCACCUACUUCCCGCCCGAAGACCGCGGUGGCAUGCCCGGAUUUCCCCGGCUGCUGGCCGCCGCCAGCCAGGCCUAUCACACCAACAAGGGCGAGAUCGACCGCGUCACCCGCCAGCUGUCCGAGCAGAUGGGCCGCACCAGCGAGAUGCCUCGCGGCUUCACGCCGCUGACCACGGAGGUGAUGCACAACGCCUAUUCGCAAUUGGCGACUCAGUUCGACCACCUCAACGGCGGUUUCGGCAACGCCCCCAAAUUCCCUCAGCCCAUGACGCCCGAGUUCCUCCUGCGUUACAACCGUCAUGGGUUCAACGCCCGCGCCCUCGAAAUGGUGGAACUGACCCUCCAGAAGAUGGCCUAUGGCGGCAUCUACGACCAGGUUGGCGGCGGUUUCCACCGUUAUUCCACCGAUGCCUACUGGCUCGUUCCCCACUUCGAGAAGAUGCUCUAUGACAACGCCCUCCUCGUGCGGUUGUACCUCCACGCCUGGCAGGUGACCGGCAACCCGUUGUAUCGCCGGAUCACCGAGGAGACCCUGGACUACGUCCUGCGAGAGAUGACCGACCCGGCCGGUGGGUUCUACUCGGCGCAGGACGCCGAUAGCGAAGGCGUCGAGGGUAAGUUCUUCGUGUGGACACCGGACGAACUGCGUCCCCUGUUGGGCGACGACGCCGACCUGGUCAUGGGUUACUACGGCGUCACCGAGCGCGGCAACUUCGAAGGCGAAAACAUACUGAACGUGACCCGGCCGCCCGAGGAGUACGCCAGCCAGCGGGGCGUGUCCGAAGAUAGCCUGGCCCAGGCAAUCACCCGCGCCCGCGCCAUCCUCCUCGACGUUCGCGAGCAGCGGAUCCACCCGCUGCGUGACGACAAGGUGCUCACCUCCUGGAACGGUCUGAUGCUGCGCUCAUUCGCCGAGGCCGGCGCGGCUUUGGGACGCCCCGAUUACCUGGACGCUGCCCGCAAAAAUGCCGAUUUCGUGCUCGCCGCCAUGCGCAGCGCCGACGGCCGCCUCCUUCGAACCUGGCGAAACGGCCAGGCCAAGCUCAACGGCUACCUGGAAGACUACGCCUGCCUGGCCGACGGCCUGCUGUCCCUCCACGAGGCCACACUGGAGCCCCGCUGGCUACAGGAAGCCGUGUCCGUCGCCGACGAUAUGGCCUUGCUGUUCUGGGACGACGCGGUUGGCGGUUUCUACGACACGGGCAGUGAUCACGAAGAGUUGGUGAUUCGGCCUCGUGACGUGUUCGACAAUGCCCAACCUUGCGGUGGCUCGGUCGCAUCCGACGUGCUGUUGCGCCUGGCGGUUGUGACCGGCAGCGAUGACUUUUCCGCCAAGGGCGCCACCCCGCUGCGGGCCAUGCAACAACUCCUCGGCCGGGCGCCUUCCGCGACCGGCCACUGGCUGGGCGCGCUUGACUUCUAUGUCUCCCUGCCCCGGGAGAUCGUCAUCGUCGGGCCAUCGGACGAUCCGGCGGCCGCAGCCAUGCUGCAGGAAGUGAGCGCGCGGUUCAUGCCCAACCGCGUCGUUGUGGGUGUAUCCGAUCCGGCCAACCCGCCGUUGCAGGACUCGCCGUUGUUGGAGCAGAGGGUGAUGCAGGAAGGUCUGGCCACCGCCUACGUGUGCGAGAACUACGCUUGUCAGUUACCCGUCACGGACGCGGCCGCCCUGGCAGCGCAAUUGGAUUCGUGA